AUGGCCGAAAACACCACUGAAACCAUGACGUCCAAGGACAAAAAGCCUGCUAAAGUCCGACAGCGGCGUGCCUAUACCCGAAGCCGCACGGGCUGUGCUGAGUGUAAAGCUCGACGAGUAAGAUGUGACGAACAUCGUCCCACAUGGGAAAGAAGAGCGCUGGAGAGAGCUGGAGUUGCUCAGCCGUGGGAACCUACACCAUGGGACGCUUCAACCUCUUCGAAGCAACCCGAGGUGCCCAAUACGCAGAGUCUGGUUCAUCAACUUAUUUUAUCUAGUUCUAAGAAGAACCUGGACUGUUUGUCGAUUAACAUGCCGCUCAAAUCGCACGAACUUUUUCAUUAUUUCUACCAACCAGGCGGAAGCGCUGGUGCAUCACCUGCAGACCACCGCCAAAGACGCAUGGCGUACAUUAUAUCAGACCCUGAAGCACUUCGAAGUGCAGUUUUAAUUGCAGCCACCCAUUUCGGAUUCAAGUUUGGUAACCUCAAGAACUUUGAGCAGACUUUUUACUUUCACACACUCGAGACGGUGCGCUUAGUAAAGGAAUGGUUUGCAAAGGGAGACUUCACGCUUUGUGCAGCCAUCACGAAGCAGAUGGCAACGUUGGCGUACACAGAGGUUUGCCGUGGUGAUCAUCAGAUGGCGGAGAAACAUUUGAACGCCAUAUACGCUCUUUCACGCCAUAGAGAAGGGCGAGUGACCACUGGGGGCAAGACUAUGGACCAAGAACUGUCAGACCGAUAUUUUCUAAUAACUUCUACCUUUAUGCAUGGCAUAACGACGGCCCUCGACGGUACCCGCCGACCUGCAGGCUUCACUGAGACCACGACCGGUUCAGUAUCUCCGGACGGUAUUCGCCGCAUAAACAAUUGGCAUAUCACAGAUAGGGGCCAUUACUUUCAUAGCGUCGCACUCAAAGCUAUUCGCGAGUUCCCCGUGACCUUCAACUACAGCGGAGAAAUCUUUCAGGAUAUUCCGCUCGUCCGUGUGCUCCCAGGACUUCGAAUUCUCACGCGAAACUUCUACGAUGGGUAUUCAAAACCAUUACCCAGAAGCGCUCGCCAAAUACAGGACGACUUCUGGCAAUCGGAGACGUCGGCUAUGCUGUACGACGGUCUUAUUGAAGCACACAAACGGUCCGUGCCCAAAAAUCAUAAAUCCCAAGCCAACACUGGUGACGAGAAUGAGCAGAAGGCUUCAUGGGUUGGAUUAUUAAUCGCAAUAGAGCUGUACUUGGAGCAGGUAGUGGUACUCUGGCGACCUUUCACAAGGGAAAAUUAUCUCUACACCAUGAGGAUCUUCCAGCGCGAUCUCGGCUAUGCUCUACACAAGCCAGAUGCACCACAGCUAGCAGAUCUACUCUUCUGGGAGUCGUUUGUUGCGGUGAUAAGUCUGCAGAUGCACGAGAAACAAGGUGACCUCGCGAAAGAACCAGGAAUCAGGCCGUAUUUUGAAGGGUUUGCUCGGGAGCAGAGUCGGGUUUUGGGAUUGAAGACGUGGAAGGAUGCAAAGGCGGCGUUGCUGAGAAUUGCAUGGCCUUGUGACUUUACUGAUGAUGAUUAUGUGAAGGGGACAUGGGAGGCGGUGAUGGAAUAUGAGGCUGUCGUAAACUAG